AUGUCAGAAGAUUCAGAAAAGGAGGACUAUUCAGACAGAACCAUCAGUGAUGAAGAUGAAUCAGAUGAGGAUACAUUCAUGAAAUUUGUACAUGAAGAUAUUCGUCAGUGUACACUAUUAACAGCUGACUCUUUUGGUGACCCAUUCUUCCCUCGGACCACACAAAUACUCUUGGAAUAUCAGCUGGGGAGAUGGGUGCCACGCCUUCGUGAACCACGGGAUUUAUAUGGUGUCUCUUCUUCUGGGCCCCUGAGCCCAACACGGUGGCCAUACCACUGUGAGGUCAUUGAUGAAAAAGUCCAGCAUAUUGAUUGGACUCCUUUCUAUCCUGAGCCAGUAUAUAUCCCAACAGGUCUAGAAAUGGAACCGCUUUAUUCAAACUCUAAGGAAGAUACUGUGGUUUAUCUGGCUGAAGAUGCUUAUAAAGAGCCCUGUUUUGUGUAUUCCCGAGUUGGAGGCAACCGAACACCCUUGAAGCCACCUGUGGACAACUGUGACAACACUUUGAUGUUUGAAGCAAGGUUUGAGAGUGGUAAUCUACAGAAGGUAGUCAAAGUGGCAGAAUAUGAAUACCAGUUGACUGUGCGCCCUGAUCUCUUCACAAACAAACACACCCAGUGGUACUAUUUCCAAGUCACUAAUACCCAAGCAGAAACUGCCUACAGAUUCACUAUUGUCAACUUCACCAAGCCCAGUAGUCUUUAUAAUCGGGGUAUGCGCCCACUGUUCUAUUCUGACAAAGAGGCCAAGGCCCAUAACAUUGGCUGGCAGAGAAUAGGAGACCAAAUCAGGUAUUACAGGAAUAACCUGGGGCAGGAAGGCCGCCACUUUUUCUCCCUUACGUGGACCUUUCAGUUUCCACACAACAAGGAUACCUGCUACUUUGCUCACUGCUAUCCAUACACUUACACCAACCUGCAAGAAUACCUUUCUGGCAUCAAUAACGACCCGGUACGGUCAAAGUUUUGUAAAAUUCGAGUCUUGUGCCACACGCUUGCCAGGAACAUGGUGUACGUGUUAACGAUCACUACGCCCUUGAAGAACUCUGACUCCAGAAAGAGGAAGGCCGUGAUUUUGACUGCAAGGGUCCAUCCGGGAGAGACCAACAGCUCUUGGAUCAUGAAAGGCUUCCUAGAUUAUAUUUUAGGAGACUCAAGUGAUGCACAGUUGCUUCGGGACACUUUCAUCUUCAAGGUGGUACCCAUGCUGAAUCCAGAUGGUGUGAUUGUGGGAAAUUACCGGUGUUCCUUAGCUGGACGAGACCUCAACCGCAAUUACACAUCCCUCCUGAAGGACUCUUUUCCUUCUGUUUGGUAUACACGGAACAUGGUCCAUAGGUUGAUGGAGAAACGAGAGGUUAUUUUGUAUUGUGAUCUCCAUGGACACAGCAGGAAAGAGAACAUCUUCAUGUAUGGUUGUGAUGGUAGCGACAGAUCCAAAGCAUUAUACCUACAGCAACGAAUCUUUCCAUUCAUGCUGAGUAAAAAUUGUCCAGAUAAAUUUUCAUUCCCAGCUUGCAAGUUUAAUAUUCAGAAGAGCAAGGAAGGAACAGGAAGGGUGGUAAUGUGGAAGAUGGGAAUCAGGAACAGCUUUACCAUGGAGGCCACCUUUUGUGGAUCUACUUUGGGUAAUAAACGAGGCACUCAUUUCAGCACAAAAGACUUGGAGUCAAUGGGCUACCAUUUUUGUGAUUCUCUCUUGGACUAUUGUGAUCCCGAUCGGAGCAAGUAUUAUCAGUGCCUGAAAGAACUAGAAGAAAUGGAAAAACAUAUGAGCUUGGAAAAAUCCUAUGAAGAUUCAGAUACUUCUCUAAUAGAAAUUACAUUGGAUCUAGAGUCUAGUAGCCGAGGCUCUGACAGUUCGGAAUCCAAUGACUCUCAGACAUAUCUUCUCAAGGUAACUUCUCAGAUAAAAACCAAGAAAAAAUGUCUGAAAACAAAAAAGGAAAGGAAUUCUACCAUGGCAAGCCACCAGAAUGCCAGAGAAGAGGUUUAUGGUAGAGAACAUGUACUGCAAAAACACAAAGAAUCAAAUUCUGAUGUGAAAGUUUGCUGUUUGAAAUUGAGAUCACAGAACCCAAUUUCUUUCAGCUCCCAAAGUAUGAUUCAGAGUCUUAGCAAAGACCAACGAAGAUAUUUUUUAGAAACCUGUGAGAGGCCAGUCCAGGAAAUAAUUCAGCCCCUGGGAAAUCGUUUGUAUGAAAACUGUUUCAGAGUGACAGCCUUGAAGUAUCCUAGGAGCCUACAAACAUCAAGUUGGAUUGAGAAGACAAGGAUACCAACAGAUCUGCAUCACACCUUAAGAAGCAAAGGUAAAGAAUGUACACCUUUCCAAAGUAAGAAGAGUGGCAUAAAUUGGACAGAUGAUGAAAAAAGAAUCUACAGGGAUAAAAGAAUAGCUCAAACUCAAGAAAUAUUGCAUUAUUUACUCCCUAUUGUGGAAACCCAAAAAACUGUGGAAACCACUCAGAUAAAACAGUUAUUCAAUUCAAGAAGCAACUUCCAAAUCCAACAUCAACUAAAGCCAGCUACUUGCAUAAAUGUAAAGAAAUACAACUCAUCUUGGACAGCAUCCCGAAAUCCUCCUUUUGUAGCCCGAAGGAAUCUUAGGACAGAUGCCUCACAAUGGUUCCAGCCUGUGCCCCAGAGGUCACUUGAAAGUUUGUCUCCUCUCAAAGGCACCAAGAAGAGGAAAAAACAUUCUCAGAUCUGGGCCACAAAGACUGAAGACAUGAAGCUUCUAAGCAGCAAAUGGGACACUACUCCCUCAAGCUUUGAAAUGGUUGCAAAUAUAAAAGAUCAGAGUCUUCAAGAUGAAGACCCCAACCUGCAGAACUCUAAGCAGAUAGUUCCUCAUCUAACCAAAAAUAAGGAUGAAAGACCACAUCAGAAUGACAGACAACUCACCUUCCAUCUGAGGUUUCAAAGGGAUAAUUAA